UUGCGGGCUCCGGGACUCGCGCCUGCGCAGCUUGAUGAUGGGCCGGCGGCGGGACCCGGUCCGCUGCCUGGUGCUGCGGGCUGCGGGCCAUGGUGGGUCAGACUGAGAUUGGCCCGUCCCGGGCCUCGAGCUGGAGCUGGGGACACUGAGCGGCGGGCAGGGCGACUGGACUGAAUUUGGCUGAGUGAGAAGCUGGCAGGAGGCAGAAAGAAUGAGAGCUGCAAAUACUUUGGUGUUGUCACAUUGGCAAGAGUGCCCUUGCUGGCUCCUGUAGAGCUGACCAGCCUUUCCAGUUUUGUGUCUGUCCAGGUCAUUCAUUCAACAACAGGAGCCAUGCGGGGCCAGCGGAGUCUGUUGUUGGGCCCAGCCCGCCUCUGUCUGCGUCUCCUUCUGCUCCUGGGUUACAGGCGUCGCUGCCCACCUCUGCUCCGGGGCCUGGUACAGCGCUGGCGUUAUGGCAAGGUUUGCCUGCGCUCCCUGCUCUACAAUUCCUUUGGAGGCAGUGAUACUGCUGUUGAUGCUGCCUUUGAGCCUAUCUACUGGCUGGUGGACAAUGUGAUCCGCUGGUUCGGAGUGGUGUUUGUGGUGCUGGUGAUCGUGCUGACUGGGUCCAUUGUGGCCAUUGCUUAUCUGUGUGUCCUGCCCCUCAUCCUUCGAACCUACUCAGUCCCACGACUCUGCUGGCAUUUCUUCUAUAGUCACUGGAAUCUGAUCCUCAUCGUCUUCCAUUACUACCAGGCCAUCACCACUCCUCCUGGAUACCCACCCCAGGGCAGGAAUGACAUUGCUACCGUCUCCAUCUGUAAGAAGUGCAUUUACCCCAAACCAGCCCGAACACACCACUGCAGCAUCUGUAAUAGGUGUGUGCUGAAGAUGGAUCAUCACUGCCCCUGGCUAAACAAUUGUGUGGGCCACUAUAACCAUCGCUACUUCUUCUCUUUCUGCUUUUUCAUGACUCUGGGCUGUGUCUACUGUAGCUACGGAAGUUGGGACCUUUUCCGGGAGGCUUAUGCUGCCAUCGAGAAAAUGAAACAGCUUGACAAGAACAAACUACAGGCAGUUGCCAACCAGACUUACCAGCAGACUCCACCACCUACCUUCUCUUUUCAAGAAAGAAUAACUCACAAGAGUCUUGUCUACCUCUGGUUCCUGUGCAGUUCUGUGGCACUGGCUCUUGGUGCCCUAACCAUAUGGCAUGCUGUUCUCAUCAGUCGGGGUGAGACUAGCAUCGAAAGGCAUAUCAACAAGAAGGAGAGACGUCGGUUACAGGCCAAGGGCAGAGUAUUUAGGAAUCCUUACAACUACGGCUGCUUGGACAACUGGAAGGUGUUCCUAGGUGUGGAUACAGGAAGGCAUUGGCUGACCCGGGUGCUGUUACCUUCUAGUCACUUACCCCACGGGAAUGGAAUGAGCUGGGACCCUCCUCCCUGGGUGACCGCUCACUCAGCCUCUGUGAUGGCCGUGUGAGCCACAACUUGAACAUGAUGCUUGAUAUGUCUCUCUCAAGAGCUUCCAAGGGCAGCUUUCUUGGAAUCCAUGACCAUAAAGAGCCACUAGGUCUGCCUUAGAGUACUACUUAGGGACAACUCAAGAGCAAUUUUCUGGCCACCUCAAAACAAGAUACAGCCAGGCGGUGGUGAUGCAUGCCUUUAAUCCCAGCACUUGGGAGGCAGGCAGGCCGAUCUCCGAGUUCCAGGCCAGCCUGGUCUACAAAGGGAGUUCCAGGACAGUCAGGACUGUUACACAGAGAAACCCUGUCUCGACAAACCAAAAAAAAAAGAAGAUAAUGUGGAGAAAUCCUAGGACUGAUGUCCCUUUACUCAGGCAAACAAGUUUUAGCCCCAGACAAGGGGUCAGGCAACUAGCUACCUUGUCCAAUGCUGACUCUGAUGCCCUCUAGGUUACAGCACGGGCUAGCAACCAUCUCUUUCACUUUGGAAAAAGAUUCAUCAGGUAUGUUGAAAUUCUGGCUUCUGAAUGGGACAGAGACACUAAGCCUAUUGCCAAGGUCACUGCCAUUUCUCACGUGUUGCAGAAGGAGCAAAAAUAAAGGCAUUUAAUUUGUAAAGAUAA